GCCGCAGUUGUCCAACACUGGCCGACUGCAAAUAGAAGAAUUGCGGGCUGUAACUGCAUUUUAUUUUUUUAUUUUAUUGAAAACAAACAAACACUCGCUAAUCCGCUGCAGUCGUCAGCCAGUUUUGCGGCGAUGCCAUUUUUUCGCCAUCCCAAUCCCAGCCGUAAAGUGUGUGCCUGCGGACCACAAACUGCGUCGCCAUCGGUGUGUGGGUGCAGAAAUAAAUGCAAAUUGUUGUAAAAUGCCGUGCUUUGGUGUGCGUGUUGAUAAGUGCAAUACGCAAAAGUAAGAACAUUGAGGCAAAUCCGUAUAAUUCGUGGGAUCAGGCGUUUCCAGAGAUUCCAUUAACUAGUCGUGGCAUUUGAAUUAGCGCCUAAGUGCAUGCCCAAAAUGGAUAACGAGCAACCGCACCAAGAGUUGGUGAAGUGCGUUCUGGUGGGGGACACGGCGGUGGGCAAGACGCGACUGAUCUGCGCCAGAGCCUGCAACAAGCACGUCUCGCUUUCCCAGCUACUUUCAACCCAUGUGCCGACCGUGUGGGCCAUCGAUCAGUAUCGCAUAUAUAAAGAUGUACUCGAGCGAUCGUGGGAGGUGGUGGACGGAGUGAAUGUCUCACUUCGUCUCUGGGACACAUUUGGUGACCACGACAAGGAUCGACGUUUCGCCUACGGCAGAUCCGAUGUGGUGCUGCUGUGCUUUUCCAUUGCCAGUCCGAUUUCCCUGCGCAACUGCAAGAUGAUGUGGUAUCCGGAAAUUCGCCGCUUCUGUCCGGAUGUGCCCGUAAUUCUAGUGGGCUGCAAGAACGACCUGCGCUACAUGUACCGCGACGAGAACUAUCUUUCGUAUUUCGGCGAGAAGGGAACCUUUGUUCGGGCCGCAUUGAAAAGUGACCUGGUGAUGCCGGAUGAGGCUCGUGCCGUGGCCAAGGAGCUGGGAGUGGCCUACUACGAGACCAGUGUCUUCACCUACUUUGGGGUGAACGAGGUCUUUGAAAAUGCCAUCCGAUCCGCGUUAAUUGCGCGCCGACAGCAGCGCUUCUGGAUGACGAACCUGAAGAAGGUACAGAAGCCGCUGCUGCAGGCGCCGUUCCGGCCACCAAAGCCCCCACCACCGGAGGUCACCGUAAUGGUCGGGCACUAUCGGCAGGACAUCUACAACAUGUUCUUGUCGCAGGCCUACACCGACCUGGUCCUGGUCGGAGGGGGUGGCACCAAGUUCGCCGUGCACAGAUUCAUGCUGGCCGCCGCGUCCAGCAUCUUCCAGCGCCUGCUAAGCACGGAGCUGACUGACAUGGGCGGGCGGAGCAGCAGUGAGUCUAGCAUGGUCAGCUCCACAUUCGGGGAGGCCACCAUAGCGGACUUCAAUGACGACACUGAAUCCUUGAUUCGUUACGAAUCACGCACACAACGCAGCAUGUGGGAACACUUGAAGCGCCGCUCCAGUUAUCAGGCGUUACCUCUGAUGGAGUCCAAGCGGUCGAACGAUUUGUACAGGGAGCUGCAUCAUCCGGUCCUGCAGAGCAUUCGCCUGGUGCACGUGGAGAAUCAACGGGGUGUGAAUGGCCUGCAGACAAUAGUCACUCUCAGCAAACUCAUCUCUCCACAAGCUUUGCAUCAGUGCCUGAGAUUUAUUUAUACCGGUACCAUUGACAAGGAUUGCAAUAAUUUCCAGGAAAUUAGAGAAGCUGCCGAUCUGCUAGAACUGCCGCAACUGACUCAGCUACUUUCGAGGCCUCAGACCGUUAUGGAAACCUCCAGCGAUGAGCCAAAUCCGCACAUUUGUCUUCGCAUAAAAGAAAGCAUGGAAAGGCAUUGCAUUGGUGACGGUUGUUUCAGCGAUGUCACCUUUGAAUUGGACGACGGUUUGAUGAAGGCACACCGCGCUGUGCUUGUUGGCCGUUGUGAUGUUAUGCGCGCAAUGUUGCUGGGCGACUUUCGUGAGGCGCAUUCCAAUGUGAUCGUAUUCCCUGGCGUUACAAUUUACACAUUCCACAAGUUGCUGUGCUACCUGUAUACUGACCAGAUUCCGCCAAUCUCGGCCGUCAAGUGCCUCAAUCUACUGGAGCUGGCCAACCGACUAUGCCUGCCGCGGCUGCUCAACCUGGUUGAGUGCCGCGUUAUCGAAGAUCUCACUCUGAUUUCCCAGAACGAAACCAAUGAAACGGUGGAUCACUGUCUAAAGUUGUUGGAGCCAGUAAAGCUGCACAACGCACAUCAGUUGGCCGAGUGGUGCAUGUCGUACCUUUGCGUCAAUUACAACCUUAUUUGUAAGUUCUCACUCAAGGGCCUGAAGGCGCUGCAUCAGGAUAAUCAGGAGUACUUGCGGGAGCACCGCUGGCCUCCAGUCUGGUAUCUGAAGGACUACGACUACUAUCAGCGCUGCCUGAACGAGUUGAACAAGGAGCUGAAGCUGAAGAGCUCGAGGCGCGAGUCGCCGAGCGAUGACGAGGGCUGUCUGUGCUUCACGGGUGUAUUCUCUUGCUGGCUGUUAGGUAAAUCGAAGCGCAGCGGAGAUGCAAGUGGUGGAACCGCAGAGAACAGCAAUGCCGAUAAUCAGAUCUUCAACAGCGCUGGCAACUCGAUCAAUCACAUCGACCUGGAGGCAGACAUGGACCUGAAUCUCUGACACCCAGCCCUCGGGCAAGGAAGAUCACUGCGCUUCAUUGUGAUCCUGCCGGUCCUGAUCUGUUUCAUCUGUACGAUUUUAAGUAUUUUGAUACUUUUCCAAAUCCACACAUAACAAACCUCAAGUACAUUCGACUUGACGUGGGCGGGUAUAGCGGCUGGGAAUGGAGUUGGGGGAGUGGCGCGUCUGCUUUUGACAUUACGCAAUAUAUAGAGCGCAAAUUUGCCUUAGUGAUUACUAAUACAUAAGUCCAACAUAGCUCGACCCAGAACAAAGGAGCAUACUGCAAAGUGCUUCGGAUUUCUUAUAUUUAUACGCCUAUAUAUAAUGCAAAGCAUAAACGAGUAUGCACAUGCACCUCGGCGAUAUCGCUGUAUUGCCUUACGAUAUAUCGGUGUACACUCAUCUUGCUCUGCACGAUUCCAUGGAAUAUGGGAAGCGAAUAGGACGCAGACAUGUGUAUAUCCUUAUAUUUGUACCUUUACCUAAGACAUGUAUGUAUGUAUAUUUUUGAAUUCCUACUUACGGAAACAUUUGUCUAGCCAUAGCCCUAAGCAAUACUUUAUGAUAAGGACGCAUUUUGUACAGAAUGAUAGAAUAAAGCAAUUACGAACAA